UCCGUCUCCGCCUCCAGGACCAGCGGCAGCCAGCUCCCGAGCGCUGCUUCCCGGGCCAGCAGCGCGAUGGGCUGCGGGAACUCCACCGCCACCAGUGCGGGCGCCGGCCGAGGCCCUGCAGGAGCAGCUAAAGAUGUAACAGAAGAAUCGAUAACAGAAGACGACAAGAGGAGAAACUACGGAGGGGUAUAUGUAGGGCUGCCAUCUGAAGCUGUCGAUAUGGUGUCCAACCAAACAAAGACUGUACGAAAAACUUGCUCAUUAAGACUUGGAAGGAAUUGCACUCCAUGGGCUGUCCUGACGUGCACAGAAGUUUCCAAGGAAAUUCUAACUGGCCGCCCUCUCUGCCUCCCCUCCCCACCCAAAUUCUCAAGUCUGUAGUUGAACCCACGGGUACAUGUUGAAUGUUGUGGUCCUAGAAAGGAAUCGGAUAAACAAUGCACGGGUGUCUGGAACUCUCUGGGAUCCUCCUGAGAAAGACAGGCUGACAAACCUGGUGUCUGGAGCCGGCCUGCUGUGUCUGGUGGCAUUUUUUUCCCUGGCUAUUCAACACAGCUCAUGAGAAUCACGUCUUUUCACUGAUACUUUUUUGAUAGUUUUUAUAUAAUGAGAUCUGUAUUCUAUUUAUAACUUCAGCAAAGAAGGCACUAUAAAUGAACUCCCUAAAGUAAUAUAUUUGUGGGUUACCUUUCACUAUUUUUAGGUUACAUUGAUUUUUAGCUGUAAAAUGGUUAAUGGUUGAUUCUUACUUUUCUCUUUUUCCCUUUUUUUACUUUGGGUUUUUCUCCUUUCUGUAAGUGUCGGAGACUGUCUUCUGUUAGGAACAACGUAUGACUCUGCAAUGUUGAAAAAAGCCACCGAAAUUUGCAUGCCCUACGCACAUUUGGAUUAACUUUCCAUUUUCUGUAGUUGAAGGCUGAUGUCACCACGAAUCCUUCGCAGUCAUUGAUCCUCCCACCCUCCGUUGUGGGGUCCCGGCCUCCCUUCGUGAUAAUCUAUACUAUUUUCAACGACUUGUGACUGAUGGGUUUAGUGGGGUGUUUGGAAAGCUCUUCAUCUGAGGCUGGCCACAUGUAGCCAUUUGGUACUGCGAUGUAGAUUACUCCGUUUACCAAUAUAUUUCAACAAUUAAAACAUUUUUAUCCCUCUUUA